CUGUGCUUUUUCAUUCUGAACUGCUGUCAGAUUACCACUGUAAAAGGCAAACACAAAAUGAAGACAGCCAUCAUCUUGAUCUUUCUGGUGGGACUGAGCAGUGCGUUUUACAUUAAUCGUUUUCAAAGAAGGUGGAAAGGAAGUGAUUCUGAUGAAAAAGCGCUAGCGAGGAACCGACAUGGCUACUUCUUCAGGAACAUGAACAUGCAACCACCACCAUUUAAGCAUUAUAUCAGCAAUGUCAAGGGAGGUGAUUCAUCUGAAGAAAAUGGAGAAAGCUCUGAUGAGGAAGAUUCUUCAGAAGUCAGUAAAAAUGGAAACAAUGCUGGUCCUACUAGGACUGAAACUGGAAAGGGUGCUGAAGAAGAGGCAAAUUCCGAUGAGGGUGAAGAGAGCGAAAAUGAAAAUGGAGGGACAUCUGCUCCAGAGGUGGAAGAAACUACUUCAAACAUGAACGAGACGGAGACUGAAAAUGGAGAACAGUGGAACACUACCGACAGCCAUGUGCAAACUGAGCCUAUGCAGACAAGUACCAUUGCUGUUGAUGUUACCGAAACCCCUGCUAGCAUUGUUGAUGAAACUUUAGGCAUUGAAGAAGGUAGCAACGGAGGCAUUGUGAGCACCACUCCAUAUGAACCUACGAACAAUGGCUACCAAUAUGAGAAUGGUUAUGAACAUGAAAAUGAAGCUUACUAUAAAGGCAGAGGAGACACAUAUGCACGCUAUGAGGAUGAAUAUCAUUACAGAAACCGUGUCUACGAUCACUAUGGUCGAGAAUAUGAAUAUUAUCAAUAGAUUUAAUGUUGUGUCAUUGUUAUGUCAUUUAAAUUGGUAGCAAUACCUAUUUUUUUCCACAAUUAUAAUAUGAAUGCCCUUGUUUGUUUGUUUUUUUUAAUUACUUACUUAAAUUAGAAUUUCUCUACUUGACCUGUUCUGUACAGGGUUGGCCUUUCUAUCAGGGAUUUCAGACUAGGUGCUCAUCAAUAUGGGAACACCACUAAUUUGUCUGCCUCAUUAUUUCCUCAAUUGAUACUCUAGAUUAGUCUACGGUGGGAUGUCCCACACAAGCUUGUAUCAGAAAAAAGAACACUAAAAAAUACCUGAACUCUAGUCUUUCAGUGAAGCGGCUGUGAUGAUGCCCUGUUCUACAAGGAAGGGCUGCAAUACCCUUACAUUUUGGAAGCAGGCUACAUUCAGAAAGUUAAAAAAAGGUUUAAGUGAAUAAUAUUUUACAGAAAUAAAAACUAAAGUGAAAAGAGUUAUAACUACUAGUUGUGUAAUUUCAAAACACUUUAUAUUUUAAAUGUAAGAAUUAACAACCAUAUUGCUUGAACAUAAACCCUCGAUUUACUGUUUACAUCUAUGUUUUGUGUAGUGGACUAUGUUAGAUAUACUUAUAUAUUGAGUUAUAUAAUCAUACUGUCCGUUAGUUAUAUAAUAAUCAGUAUGUUAAACGUUAUGUAUGUAAUACUGGGGAUAUAAUAAGCUGUUCUGUAUACAUCUCAUACACAUAUAGUCAGUUAAUCAUCUAAAGUAAAGACUAUUUUUACUUUCAGACUGGUUACAAGUAUGCAAUUUAUUAAUUCAAAGCACAAGAGAAAUCCUCAAAAUCCUGAAUCAUUUUCCACGGGGUAGCAUUUAACCCUCUACAGCCCAAUGUUUAUUUCAAUAUUCCAAAAUUUAAUUGACUUGUGAGUAAUAAAUAUCUGUAUGAGUAAAAGUAACUUUUAUCUGGCAUUUGAGGUGACAUGAAACAGGCUCCCUGGGGAAACAGGGAGGUUGUAGAACAGGAUUGCCCAUGGCUGUAUGUUGAUGGAAUUAGUAUUAUAUAUAUAUUUUACCUUCCGUAUAUUGAUUAUGGUUACAAUGUAUCGCAAUUUGUGUUCCAAAAUAAACAUAAAAUAUGAAAU